GAGUAGCUGCCACGGCAAGGAAGAACGAAGCCAGGGUGAACAGGGGCUGGCACAGCCAGGUGGUCAGUACCUCUGGGUUAAGGAGUCAGGCUGCUCAGUGCUACCUGCAGAGACACCCCCAGGAAACCCCAUUCCCUGCUCAGUCCUCUCCUGUGCCACCCAGCUGGGAGUGGGGUGGCACCAGGGCUGCCUAUGGCAGGAUUUGGGCAGGAUCCCAGCAGCUGCCCCGGGGCACGUUUCAGCUGGCCAGAAGAACGGGUCACCGGGGGCUUUGGUCAGCUGGGCACCGGGACUGCCCCGGGGCCGGUACCGGGAAGAACCUCCCGCUCCUCCUGGCAGCGCUCCGGCCGCCCGUUGGAAAAACAACCGCUCGCUUUGUUCUUUCACGAGGAACUAAAAGAACGGGGGAAAUCCCAAAUUUCAGCAGUGGCGCAAGUGUUCCUGUAACCCCGUUUUGGGGCUGGCCCGCGCAAGCCCCCCGGGCCCCAGAGGUUUGCUCACCCUGGGCUGACUCGUGCCCUUCAGAUCCGCCCCCUGCCCAAGCCAACCCCAGACAUUCCCGUGGGGCUCGGCACGGCUCCAGCGGGGGGAGGAGGGAGCACGGAGUUAUAAAUCCCACAACCCCGGCACCACUCCCCAUCCCACUGCUGAAGUCAGAGGAGCUGAGGUAAGAUGAGGACCAAGGGGCUGAGCCUGGGGCUGGUCCUGCUGUGCUUGCUGCAUGUGCAGGCUGGGGACCCGGGACCUGUGGAGCCCGACGAGAGCAAGAUUGCAGGGACAUGGUACAUCACUGCUAUGGCCUCUGACUCUGAGACCUACAUCCGAAAAAAGGACCAGCUGAAGAUGGCGAUGGCCAACAUUGAAGUCCUGGGGGAUGGUGACCUGAACGUCUCCUUUGCAAUUCCCACCCCUGAGAGAUGUAUGAAGUUUUCAUCGAUCUACAAGCCAACAGGCAGUCCGGGUGAAUACUACAGCUCUGGUGAAGGCAAUAAGACAGUGCGGCUGGUGGAUACCGAUGGCAGGUCCUACAGUGUCUUUGCCACCAGAGAGAAGGAUGAGAAGAUCUUGCACAUGCUGAGACUUUACAGCAGAACCCAGUGGGUGAGACCCCAAAUCAAAUUGCUGUUCAAGACACUUGCCAAGAUGCAUGGCUUCACCGACCAGACCAUCUGGAUUUUACCCAGGCAGGAGGAAUGCCAACUUGGUGAACCAUAGGAAGUGUAGAGUGACUUGUGGAUGCUCCUGCCAAACAAUGCAAGACCCACACUCUGAAGCUCCAGGCUCCUGCUCCACCAUCCUUCUUCCAAGCUCUGUUGUCAGGACUCUGACACAGCCCCUGCUCCUCCAGCACACGGUCCCUGCUUUUUGCCAAAUAAACAGAAACAUUCCCCCCCA